AUGCUCCUCCUUCUGCUCUUCUCUCUCCUCCCCGCCGCCAUACCGGCAGAUCUGUCCUCCGACAGGGCCGCCCUCCUCGCCCUCCGCUCCGCCCUCGGCGGUCGCUCCUUCCUCUGGAACGACACCUCCCCCACCCCCUGCGCUUGGCAGGGCGUCCGCUGCGACGGCGACCGCGUCGUCGUCCUCCGACUCCCGGCCUCCUCCCUCUCCGGCGCCCUUCCGGCCAACACCAUCUCCAACCUCACCUCCCUCCGAACCCUCAGCCUCCGCCUCAACCACCUCUCGGGCCCGCUUCCCGACGAUCUCUCUCGCCUCUCUCAGCUCCGGAAUCUCUACCUCCAGGGCAACCAGUUCACCGGCCCCCUGCCGGAUUCCAUUCUCUCCCUCCACGCCCUCCCUCUCGAUACAGUCUGUGCUGGCAAUGCGGGCCCGACAGAGUCUCCAGCCGAGGCUCCAAAUGGCAACGUAGAUUUUGGGGGCGAAACCGGGAAGAAGAAGAAGAAAUUGUCCGGCGGCGCAAUUGCUGGAAUUGUAGUGGGAUCUUUUGUGGGGUUGAUUCUACUGGUCUUGGCUUUGUUUAUCUUGUGCAGAAAAAGGAAUGGAAACAAUGUGAGGUCCGUCGAUGUGACCGCAAUCAAGAAUCAUGCUGAGGAGCCUCAUGAGAAGCCGGUUGAGGAAACAAAUAGUGGGGUUAGUAAUGGGUUUUCUGUGAGUGCUUCUGCUGUGAACGCAAUGGGGGCGAAUGGUAACACCAGGGUUGAAAUGGGAACAAAUUCAGCGGCCAGUGUCAAGAAGCUGGUGUUUUUCGGGAAUGCAUCUAGGAUAUUUGAUCUGGAGGAGUUAUUAAGAGCAUCAGCUGAGGUUUUAGGUAAGGGCACGUUUGGGACGUCGUACAAGGCGGUCUUAGAGGUUGGCACAGUGGUGGCCGUGAAAAGAUUGAAGGAUGUGACCAUUGGCGAGAGGGAGUUUAGGGAGAAAAUUGAAGCUGUUGGGGCUAUGGAUCAUGAGAAUUUGGUGCCGCUCAGGGCUUAUUACUACAGUAGGGAGGAGAAACUUCUGGUUUUCGAUUAUAUGCCAAUGGGGAGCCUUUCUGCAGUUUUACAUGGAAACAAAGGAUCAGGAAAAAACCCAUUAAAUUGGGAAACCCGUUUGGCUAUCGCCCUUGGGGCAGCCCGAGUUGACUUGCCGAGGUGGGUCCAGUCGGUGGUGCGGGAUGAGUGGACCUCGGAGGUUUUUGAUGUCGAGCUCGUGAGGUACAACAAUUUGGAGGAGGAGAUGGUACAACUCCUGCAGCUGGGGAUUGGCUGCACAGCUCAAUACCCAGACAGCCGGCCUUCGAUCUCUGAGGUCGUCAGGCGUAUUGAGGGGAUUCACAUUUCGAGCCUCAGGGGCUACCAGGAUGAAACUGACCAUGUUAGCGAGACAUAUUGA